AUGGGCCCCAUAGAUAGGAUAGCAGUAUCUAUAUCAAAGGGAAAGACAGGUACUUCUCCCACCGGGACAGGUUCAGACUUUCCGCAGGACUCAUCAUCCUCUAACCCGGAAGUCGCACCUGGUGCUUCUUCUAGUAUAAUUGCCAUACCCGCAGUCGACGAGAUAGUUCCAUCAUCUGAAGCGAAGUCCACCAGUAAAUACAAAUCAAGAUCCCCCAGAUCAGAGUCAAAGUUAUCUCUCCCCCAGACAACCAUGCGCAGGAAGAUCACCCAACCUCUGCCGCGAGCUCGCCCUCGCCCCAACCCGGCGAACUAUAUUUCGCUGCCGUCAUCGCUGCCGCCGCCAUACUCAAGAUCCACUUCCCCCCAUCUCCCCGAUUCUUCCCGGCAACUCGUGGGCCAAGCGCAAGCCCUAUGGGCGUCCGGUUCCACCGGGACGUCGUGGUAUGCAGCUAGUAAUGCGUCCAGUGCAACAACACUGUAUCCUGCACUUCCCAACAGUACGCCAUGGCCGGAGCGGUCCCACUUGAGCCCGAGGUUACGUGACACAUCUGAAAGUGGUGAGGAGUUCGAGAUCUUGGAUUCAUAUGAUGGCGCAAAUACUUACUACAUGGAGUUUACAGAGAUGAGUCCGUAUACAUCGAGCUCAGCGUCACCUUCCUUCGUUCCCGCACCGAAUAUCAAUUGGCGACUACUUUCAUUCCAUCCAGCUCGACCUAACCUAUUACUUCACUUCGAUAUCGCCUUUCCUACCUAUGACAUCGAGUACAUGCAGGACUCCUCGUAUGGAAUUCGACAGACGCCCCUGUCUGAUGCCGAUCUCGACAUGCCGGCCGCAGACGAGGAACUGACCAAUAUGACCAUCAACUUCAAGUGCGAUCCCUUGCAAUGGGAUAUCUACGUGAAGCGUGAUAAAGGCAUUCGCGUUCGUGAUGUUUUUGAGGCGAUCUAUUCAGCUUUCGACAUACCGCUCACGCUCCACGAGAAGAGCUUGAUCCCGAUCCACCUCCAUGCAGGGUGUGAGGAGGCAUUCAGGCUUCGCUGCAACCUUGCGCCGGUGCUUCCGAUCUUGCAAAAACGUCAAGGCUGGAAGCGUAUAGACGCACUCCUGCACGAAACCAUCUUCCGCGGCUUAGCUCAGUCGAAGCGAGGAGAAUGUUGGACAUUAAAUCUCAGCGGGACGAUGUCCAAAGCCAUUGACAGGAGGCGUCUCAUGUCGUACCACAUUGCAACUGAUUCAACUGUACGUUACCGAGCGAGGGGCUUGCUGUGGGAUCCUAUUCUGGAACUUGAAACUACCGCAUCACAUUCUCCCCAAACCCUGCCGGUAUCGGAAGUUCCUUGUGAAUACCUACCGCCAUACCCCAACUCAAAUCCGAACACGCUACCAAAUUACUCCAAUAAUGAUUUGUUCAAUCUACCUCUUUCUGCUGCAUUUGUGCCUAGAACAGGUAUGGGUAUGGGCAAUGAUAUAGUGCUCGCCUGCAGGAUCUGUAAUUUCGUGCGGUCGAGUGCGAUCCUCCAACAUGAGACCUUGUACACACUCAAGCUACUGAACCCUAUUCCCCCAUUGGAACCUUCGAGUCAAGACUAUACCUGGGCCUUCUUUUGCAGAUUUGCACCCCUCGGUGCUUUAUUUGACUCGCCUUGUCGAGGACCUCUACCGGUGGUUCAACUAGGCAGUGAUCGUGCUUGCCUCGUCGAAAGGCUCGAAGCGAACUUUGAGAAUCCCGGUAAUACUAUGUCAUGGCUACACGGACCUGCCGGUACAGGAAAAUCUGUCAUUGCAUACACUCUUGCCAGUCGUUUCAGACAGAAAAAUAGAUUGGCGGGUAGUUUUUUCUUCUCUCGCAGGCAUGCAAAUGGCAAAAACGCACGUUCUCUCGUAUUUGCGCUUGCGUAUCAACUUGGGCUAUCUCAACCGCAGGCGAAGGAAAAAAUAAUCAAAACUCUGGACAGCGAUCCUGGUAUAAUCUCUCCUUCUCGAGAUUUGCACGAGCAAUUCGCUCGGCUCCUCAUUGAACCUCUGGAGGCAAUUGAUUGGCGCUCUCCUUCAAGGGUAUUCGUUAUUGAUGCUAUAGAUCAGUGUCAAGACCAAGUGCCCCAACUCAUUUCACUUCUUACUCGACUUCUCUCCCAUAUGGUUGAUGUGGGCCUUCACAUCUUCUUCACAAGUCGUGAUUAUAUGAAAGGAGUCUUGAUCAAGCGCCAUCUCUUUCCAAUGAUAUCGGACAUCGCUCUGGACCUCACUGGCAUCACUAGGGAUGUCAGAUCGUUCCUUUGCCAAUCUUUCGAUAAGAUUUACAAACGCCACCGUCUUCAAUGUCGCAAGCCGUGGCCACCGGAAGAGGUACUUGGCCGUCUGGUGGAUAGAGUAGGACCCCACUUCAUUACAGGAUCCAUCAUCGUAAAAUUCGUUGAAAGCCUUGACCAUGACCCCACAGAGAGGAUGGAUUUCAUUGAUCACAUUUCUUUCAACCCCUUAUCAUCUUCGGAGUCAUCGAUGGACGACUUCUACAAAUUCAUCAUAUCCACAGCCGACGACCCGGGGCAAGCAUACCUUUAUCUCACAAUUGUUGCGAAUCUUGCUGGCAUGCUGUCAUGUUCGCAACUAGAUGACCUUCUUAACCGAGGACCAAACCCGAAGUUUGACAUGCGUUCCGCAUUGUCUCAAUUGUCACCUCUGGUUUGCACCUCGGAUGGUCAUGACGGCGCUGUGCAAAUUUGUCACGAAUCCCUUUGCGACUUCCUGUCCGACCCUCUGCGCUGCGGAGAGCAGCUCAUCUCUGAAGCUGUGGUUCAUCGUCUGCUGGCUUACUCGUCUUUGAGUCUUAUGAUACAGGAGUUACCAAACGACAACGCUCUCUGCUCUCAUUUAUCCCAGUUAGCAAUGGAAAGCAGCUCCGUUUCGCUCCGUGCCUUUGACAAUGUGGAAGUUCUGUCAUCUGCCAUAUAUUCACCGCCAGAGCCUCUGCCAUUUUUGUCGAUGCUCUGGCACAUCAUGCAACGUCAGUAUACGGGAUUUCAGGUUGAUCCUCGUACGAAAUCAACUCUGUUAUAUUUCUGCCAUACCUGGCAGAUUUUACAGCAUCUCGACUUAUCCACGGCUAACAUCCUGCCCGCUUUCCGCUUCCUAGCGAACAUUAAAUCCCUGCCUGUCCUCCUGGCCUUCCCAAUAUUUCUGGCAUUUGAAUCUCCCAGAAGUGACCAAACUCUGGGCCCAUCGACCCUAGAGUAUGACUCUCGCAUAGAAACCCUGGGUGCAGUGGCUGAAAUCGUGACAAAUGUGCAUGCUCUCAAGGAUCAGUGCAAAGCGGGCUCGGGUACACUCGACUAUGCGUGUACUCACUGGGCAUAUCACCUUUCUUUGGCGGAGUGGGAUGAUGAUCUCCGUUCCAUUGUGACUGUCUUCAUGAGACAGAAACUCCAGCAGUGGCUCGUGAAAGCCUGGUGCCUCCAGGAUUUGGAGACCUGCCUUCGGACGUUGUGCGAGGUUCGGGAGCUUUGCCUCGCAGCUAAUCCACCUAUUCACUUUGAUCCUGAUGCGCAACAUACCGCCGCGGACACGAAGGCUGAAGAAGACGCUGAAAAAGCUAGUUUGGCAGUGUGGGGUGUGAAAGAAGUAGAUAAGCUUGAGGCAGAAAUGAAGAGGCUUGAUGAGCUCAUCGCAGAAAUGAAUGUGGAAAGGAAGGUUGCAGAGAACGAUUCUCACAAAUCUGCAGCCGCGGAAAAGGCAGCUGAAACGACUUAUGACGCCAGUACUAGCUCAAGGCGCCCCAGCCGUUUCAAACCACUUCGGCUGCACUGGAUGGACAAUCAAUCUCGCGGAGUGUUCCCAGGGGGAGGAGGGGGAUGUUGGACGUGUCGCCUGCGGAGCCAGGAAUGCGACGAACGGCGAGAGGAUAACUCAUGUUCGACUUGUAAACGGCUAAGUAUAGAUUGUCUGGGAUGGGAGCCCCCAAAAUGGAUAUUGGACAAUAAAGCUGUGGACGAUUACAAUGCUGGUAUCAGAGCUCAGCUAACACGCUUCAUCCGUGGUCAAUCCAAUGUGUCGGCAGCGCAAGCCAGUGCAGUGGCAUCAUCCUCUACGUCAGCUUCUUCAUCAUCUGUGUUAACUUCGCAACAAUUUCAGGGAUCUGCAAGUGGUUCAGGGUCUUCUCGAAUCAACGAUUUUGGGAUACCGAUGCGCGCCGAUUCAUUGGGUGACACAUUCGUGAUACCCAUAUUCGGUUUGGCAUCGAAGUCACCUCCGUAUAACAUUAAUCUUCCUCUGAAAUCCUCGAUCAACCCUGCAGACCCCCUUACCCUCCGCCCAUCGCCCAUGGGGGAAAUGCACUUUAAUCCUGAAUUCAAUACCGCCACCCAAGACCUGUAUGACCUUUCGGUGCCAUCGACACAGAUGGAGCAUGUAUUUUAUUAUUUCGAGCAUAUUCGGAAGUUGCAGUAUGCAUUUACUGGCAAUUCUGUAGCAAAUACAACAUAUUCACUUGUAUUGCAACACCCGCAGGGCCCAGUGGCAAACGCCAUCUCUGCAUUAGCAUCAUUGCACUUCGGUUUGAUUCGCAUCGCCCACGGUUUCGAGGUGCCAAAUCCCAUCCUGGAGCACUCACCGGCAAUGCGAUUUUAUGAUAGUGCCCACCAACAGAUCUAUAGGAACAAACAGACGACGCUUAGGGAGUCAGACGCGAAUGCAGCCAUCCUCAUGUUGAGCUUCUCGCUCAUGUCAGGUGGAGUGACAGAUUGGCGCCCGAUGUUGGAUAUUGCGAGCGAAUGGCUUGUGAGGACGGGGAUAACGGCGAACGACAACCCCAAUUUGAUGGUGAUCAACAUGAACGAGGCAUCGCAACUGGCACUGAAAGCGACAAUGUGGUGUGAUAUCAUGUCGACCCUAACCCUGAAAACGACGCCAAAGCAUCUAUCCUUAUACCGGCGAUUGUUCCACGGAGGAUCGGGUUACUGGGGUUUAACGCAGCAGGGCAUCGGUGACGAUUCAGCUCUCCGUAUGGAUAGCUUAACUGGUUGUCCAGACGAAGUACUUCUCGGUAUCGCGGAGAUAGCAACACUAUCAUACUGGAAGAUGCAAGAACUUCGUAAAGGUUCUUUGAACAUGAGAGAGCUCGUUCGGCGAGGGGACGUAAUCGAGCGACACCUUCGUACCCAAACAGAGACAGUGCUACCAGCAGAGGCGGACCAGACGCAAUUACAUCCUGAAUUAGCAUCAAUGGCUGUUAAGUAUGGCAAUGUACAAAAUUCACCUACUGGAUACGUGGGCACAUCCCUUCCUGCGGAUGACACUCGAAGGAUAGUGGCUGAUAUCUUUCAAGAAGCAACUAUCCUCUACCUACAUACAGUGCUCAGCGACUCUAUCCCAGGCGAGUCGAAAUUAAUACGAAUGUCCGAAAUCGUGAAGUCGAUAGUUGCCAUGGUUCAGUUGUUGAACCGGCUGCCCGCGUCGAAUAUUGACCGUUGUCUGGUAUUCCCCAUAUGCCUGGCUGGGUGUCUUACGGAUGACCCCAUAAUACGCGAGUUUCUGAAGGCACGGUUACAACCUCAACGCGAUGGCUUCGGCAACAUCGAUCAGACUUUGCAAGUCAUGGAAACAGCAUGGCAAAGACAGGAUAGUCAAGGAGGAAUAGUUGAGUGGCAGAACCUGCUCGAGAUGCAAAGGCUUCUGCUAGUUUGA